ACCUCGCAGUGGAGAGGCGACAAAGCCUUGGAUGAUAUAGGCUAUGGUAUCGCGCCAGGCGCAUCCUCCUCUAGCUUAGGUCGCGAAGAUCAUCGCAAUGCCGGCCAUGGCGGGAGCGCUCGAAUCCCCCGCUACUCUCUCCGGCGGCGCCAGGCACCAGGAGCUCCUGACGAGGAAGAUCGGCUUUGGAGGUAAUCGCCUAGCCCUAGCGCCACAGCAGAAUGGAGCGAGCUCGCGGAGAAUUGAGGCGAGGCUGAAAUCCAGCGCCGGCUCCGCGAGCUCGUCCAUGCUGCUGGAGCUCGUCCCGGAGAGGAAGAAGGAGAGCUUGAGCUACGAGCUCCCGCUAUUCAAUCCGUCCAGGAAAGGGCCUCUGGAUCUGGUUGUGGUGGGCGGAGGGCCUGCCGGGCUCGCAGUUGCCGCUCGAGUGUCCGCCGCCGGGCUUAGCGUUUGCUGCAUCGAUCCUUGCCCGCUCAGCAUCUGGCCGAAUAACUAUGGCGUCUGGGUGGACGAGUUUGAGGCGCUGGAUUUGCUCGAUUGCUUGGAUCACACCUGGGCGAGCGCUGUGGUUUACAUCGAUGAUGGUGUCAAGAAGUUCUUGCAGCGGCCAUAUGGACGCGUGAACAGGAAGCGAUUGAAAGCCAAGAUGACCGAGCAGUGCAUCGCUAAUGGCGUCCAGUUCCUGGCAACCAAGGUGAAGAACGUAGUGCAUGACAGAGAGAAAUCUCGCGUCGCGUGUGAGGAUGGAACUUGUCUCGAAAGCGCGUUGGUUCUCGACGCAACCGGGUUUUCGAAAUGCCUCGUGCAGUAUGACCAGCCUUUCAAUCCAGGAUACCAGGUGGCUUAUGGGAUUGUGGCCGAGGUGGACUCGCAUCCAUUUGAUCUGGACAAGAUGGUCUUUAUGGACUGGAGAGACUCGCACUUGGCUGGAAAUCCUGAGAUGAUUCGUGGCAACAAGAAGCUUCCAACUUUUCUCUACGCCAUGCCGUUCUCGUCAACCAAGAUCUUUCUAGAGGAGACUUCUCUAGUAGCGAGACCCGGCGUGCCCCUCAAAGAGAUACAAAAGAGAAUGGAGGUACGGCUCAGGCACCUGGGCAUUCACGUAAAGAGCAUCGAAGAGGACGAAGUCUGCGUGAUUCCAAUGGGAGGUGUUCUUCCGGUUAUUCCACAAAGAGUCCUGGGCAUCGGAGGUACCGCAGGCCUAGUUCAUCCAUCCACUGGUUACAUGGUUGCGAGAACAUUAGCCGCGGCUCCGGUGGUCGCAGACGCUAUCGUUCGCCAGCUCGGUAGCAGUAGAAGUAGCAGCAGUGUCACACUUCUCCCCGACGAUUUAUCAGCUGAAGUAUGGGCCGAUCUCUGGCCGAUCGAGAGAAAGAGACAGCGGGAGUUUUUCUGCUUUGGCAUGGACAUAUUACUCAAGCUCGACUUAUACGCGACGCGGAGGUUUUUUAGCGCUUUCUUCGACUUGGAGCCUCGGUUAUGGCAGGGCUUUUUGUCCUCGCGCCUUUAUCUUCCAGAGCUCGUCGCGUUUGGUCUGUCGCUGUUCGCGCACGCACCGGCAAAAUCGAGACUAGAGAUAAUGGCCAAAGGAACUCCAGCGCUUGUCACGAUGGUAAACAAUUUAAUCACCACAAAGAGCUAAAAACGUUGAUAGAAGUAAGGAAUUUCUUAUAAAGAGAACAACCUCCGUGCGUUUUAAAUCGAGCGGAUAUUCUCUGGGGAAUCUAAGGCAGAUUUUUA